CGCUGCCCCGCCGGACGCUGCGGGCUAGCGCGCUGGGGCUGCGGCUGCGUGUCCCGGCGCGCAGCCGGGUGGCCCCGCCGGCCACGAAGACGCAGCAGCAUGAAGCAGAGGUGGAGUUCAACUUGAUCUUUGAGAGCAUUGCCUUCUAAGGAACAAUGUAUGGACCAGACCACAUGGCCUGAGGCUGUAAGAUUAAGGUGACAGUGCCAGGUGGAUCAGCGGCCAUUCCACUGCCCCCUCCGUGGGGCUGUGCCAAGAGUAGGAGAGCAUGGAGGAGAGGAAGCAGGAGACAACAAACCAAGCUCACGUCCUCUUUGACCGGUUUGUCCAGGCCACCACCUGCAAGGGGACCCUCAGAGCCUUCCAAGAGCUCUGCGACCACCUGGAGCUGAAGCCCAAGGACUACCGCUCCUUCUACCACAAGCUCAAGUCCAAGCUCAACUACUGGAAGGCCAAAGCCCUCUGGGCCAAACUGGACAAACGGGGCAGUCACAAAGACUACAAAAAGGGAAAGGCGUGCACCAACACAAAGUGUCUCAUCAUCGGAGCUGGCCCCUGCGGUCUCCGCACAGCCAUCGACUUGUCCUUACUGGGAGCCAAGGUGGUGGUCAUUGAGAAGCGAGAUGCCUUUUCCCGAAACAAUGUCUUGCAUCUCUGGCCCUUCACCAUACAUGAUCUCCGAGGUCUGGGUGCCAAGAAAUUCUACGGCAAGUUCUGUGCCGGAGCCAUUGACCAUAUCAGUAUCCGCCAGCUCCAACUAAUUCUUUUGAAAGUAGCCUUGAUUUUAGGCAUUGAGAUCCAUGUCAACGUGGAAUUCCAAGGACUUGUCCAGCCUCCCGAGGACCAAGAGAAUGAACGGAUAGGAUGGCGAGCAUUGGUGCACCCCAAAACUCACCCCGUAUCAGAAUAUGAAUUUGAAGUGAUCAUCGGUGGGGAUGGACGGAGGAACACCCUAGAAGGAUUUCGCCGGAAAGAAUUUCGUGGCAAACUAGCCAUCGCCAUCACAGCAAAUUUCAUCAACCGUAACACAACAGCAGAGGCCAAAGUGGAGGAGAUCAGUGGUGUGGCUUUUAUAUUCAACCAGAAAUUUUUCCAGGAGCUGAGAGAAGCCACAGGCAUUGACUUGGAGAACAUCGUCUACUACAAAGAUGACACGCACUACUUUGUCAUGACGGCCAAAAAACAGAGUUUACUGGACAAAGGGGUGAUUCUGCAUGACUAUACAGACACGGAGCUGCUGCUUUCCCGGGAGAACGUGGACCAGGAGGCUCUGCUGAACUAUGCCCGGGAGGCAGCAGACUUCUCUACCCAGCAGCAGCUGCCUUCUCUGGAUUUUGCCAUCAAUCACUAUGGGCAGCCUGAUGUGGCCAUGUUUGACUUUACCUGUAUGUACGCCUCUGAAAAUGCUGCCUUGGUACGGGAACAGAAUGGACACCAGUUACUAGUAGCUCUGGUUGGGGACAGCCUCUUGGAGCCUUUCUGGCCAAUGGGAACAGGAAUAGCCCGGGGCUUUCUUGCUGCUAUGGACUCUGCCUGGAUGGUACGAAGCUGGUCUCUGGGUACCAGCCCCUUGGAAGUCCUGGCAGAGAGGGAAAGCAUUUAUAGGUUGCUGCCUCAGACCACCCCCGAGAACGUGAGCAAGAACUUCAGCCAAUACAGCAUCGACCCUGUCACUAGGUAUCCCAAUAUUAACGUCAACUUCCUCAGGCCAAGCCAGGUGCGCCAUUUAUACGAUAGCGGAGAAACGAAAGAUAUUCAUCUGGAAAUGGAGAACCUGGUGAACUCCCGAACCACUCCCAAGCUGACUCGCAAUGAGUCUGUAGCUCGUUCAAGCAAACUGCUGGGGUGGUGCCAAAGGCAGACAGAUGGCUAUGCAGGAGUGAAUGUGACAGAUCUCACCAUGUCGUGGAAAAGUGGCCUGGCCCUGUGUGCCAUCAUCCACAGAUACCGCCCUGACCUAAUAGACUUCGACUCUUUGGACGAGCAGAACGUGGAGAAGAACAACCAGCUGGCCUUCGACAUCGCCGAAAAGGAACUGGGCAUCUCUCCCAUCAUGACCGGCAAGGAGAUGGCUUCCGUGGGGGAGCCGGACAAGCUGUCCAUGGUGAUGUACCUCACGCAGUUCUAUGAGAUGUUCAAGGACUCGCUCUCCUCCAGCGACACCUUAGACCUGAAUGCAGAGGAGAAAGCCGUCCUGAUAGCCAGCACCAAGUCCCCCAUCUCCUUCCUGAGCAAGCUUGGGCAGACCAUCUCCCGGAAGCGUUCUCCCAAGGAUAAAAAGGAAAAGGAUUCUGAUGGGGCUGGAAAGAGGAGAAAAACCAGUCAGUCAGAGGAGGAGGAGCCUCCCCGGAGCUACCGAGGAGAAAGGCCCACCCUGGUGAGCACCCUGACAGACAGGAGGAUGGACGCGGCCAUUGGGAACCAGAACAAAGUAAAGUACAUGGCAACCCAGCUGCUGGCAAAGUUCGAAGAGAACGCGCCUGCUCAGUCCGCUGGCGUGAGGAGGCAGCCGACACAAGAGCGUGGGGUCGGCCAGCCGUCCUGCUGCCUGCCAGAGCAGGGUCGCCCUGCUCCCAUCCCCCAGUGGAAACAGGGCUCCAUAAAGAAGGAGUUCCCACAGAACCUGGGGGGCAGCGACACGUGCUAUUUCUGCCAAAAGCGGGUCUACGUGAUGGAGAGGCUGAGCGCCGAGGGCAAGUUCUUUCACCGCAGUUGCUUCAAGUGCGAGUACUGCGCCACCACGCUGCGCCUCUCGGCCUACGCCUACGACCUUGAGGACGGCAAGUUCUACUGUAAGCCGCACUACUGUUACCGACUAUCUGGCUACGCGCAAAGGAAGAGGCCGGCAGUGGCUCCUCUGUCUGGAAAGGAAGCCAAAGGACCCCUGCAGGAUGGCCCCGCUGCAGAUGCAAACGGACUGGCCAGCGUCGCCAGCAGCUCAGCUGAGAGAACUCCAGGUUCCAGCAUGAACGGCCUGGAGGAGCCCAGCAUCGCCAAGAGGCUGAGGGGCACCCCUGAGAGGAUCGAGCUGGAGAACUACCGCCGAUCCGUGAGGCAGGUAGAGGAGCUGGAAGAGGUGCCUGAGGAGACGCAGGCCGAGCACAACCUGAGCAGCGUGUUGGACAAGGGCACCGAAGAGGAUGUGGCCAGCAGCAGUUCUGAGUCCGAGAUGGAGGAAGAGGAGGAGGAGGAGGAGGAAGAGGAUCAGCUCCCCACCUCCGACCUGGGCGGGGUUCCCUGGAAGGAGGCAGUAAGGAUCCAUGCCCUGCUGAAGGGGAGGAGUGAAGAGGAGCUGGAGGCCUCCAAGAACUUCGAGCCUGAAGAGGAGGAGGAAGAAGAGGAGGAAUACGAAGAGGAAGAAGAGGAGGAAGAAUAUGAUGAAGAGGAAGAGGAGGAGUCUAGCGAAGAAGGGGAGUAUUGCCCCUGGGACAGAGAACAACUGCAAGGCCAGUGGCUCCGGCAUCUUUCAAAGGAAGAAGAAAUGGGUACACGUGAAGCCGGGAGCAACAGGCUGCAGCACCUCGUAACCGCAGCAGAUCCCCUGGCGAUCCAGGCUGACGUGCACUGGACACACAUCCGGGAGAGAGAGGCGGAGGAGAGGAUGCUCCCAACCUCUGAGUCCUCCGCUUCUAGAGCCCCUCUGGAUGAGAACGAUCUGGAAGAGGAUGUGGAGUCCGAGCCGGCAGAGACCGAAGGGGAAGCCGCAGAGGAUGGGGACCCUGGAGACACUGGCGCUGAACUGGAUGAUCAGCACUGGUCUGAUGACAUCCCUUCUGAUGCCGAGACGGAGCAACGCUUACAGUGCCAGGCCGGGGUGAAAGCCGAGCUGGAGCUGAGACUGUCAGAGGACAAGGAAGAGAAGCCAUCCGACACACCAAAGCAAGAGGAGAGAGGUCCUUCCCAAGUCUCCAGCCAGUCUCCUCAGAAACAAGCUGUUCUGUUCUCCCCUGCCCAAAGCCCUGGGGCAGAGGAGGCCCAGGCCUCUCUUGCCUCUGUCGCCACCAAGGUGAAAUCCCCCGAGGAGCCCCUUUCCCCUGCACCUCUGCCUCCCAGAGAAAAGCCCAAAGCUGAAGCCCCUGAAGAUCAGAAAACUGUGCAGUCACCCAUCCGGUCGCAGCCUGUGGCCCUGCCGGAAGCCAGGACGCCUACCUCACCCACCGGCUCACCGCCGGAGUCUCUGCUGGCCCCUCUCACACCCCCCUCCAGCCAGCUCCCCAUCUGUUCCCAACCUCAGCCUUCCUCAGAUGCCUCCAUCCCGUCACCCACCGAAUCCCCCAUACGCUUCCAGCCGGUUCCAGCCAAAACGUCCACGCCCCUUACCCCACUUCCUGCGAAGAGCCAAGGAGACCCCAAAGACAGACUGAGCGGCCCCCAGGCUGUGGAGGAGGCCAUGAAGCGGAGCGACCUGGUAGAGGAGUUCUGGAUGAAGAGCGCCGAGAUCCGCCGCAGCCUGGGCCUUACCCCUGUGGACCGGAACAAGGGGUCAGAGCCCAGCCUCCCCUCUAAGCCAGUAUCCCUGAAGUCCUACCCAGUUGAUAGGUCGCCUCAGGAGGAGGGUCUCUGCCUUCUGAAGCCUCCAUCUGUUCCCAAGAGGUUGGGCCUGCCAAAGUCAGCCGGUGACCAGCCCUCACUGCUCACCCCAAAGUCGCCCUCCGACAGGGACCUGAGGAGCAACCAGGAGGAGCGGAGGGACCUGUCCAGCAGCUCGGGCCUGGGCCUCCACGGCAGCUCCUCCAACAUGAAGACCUUGGGCAGCCAGAGCUUCAACACCUCGGACUCCACCAUGCUCACUCCGCCUUCCAGCCCACCCCCUCCCCCGCCCCCCAACGAGGAGCCUGCCACCCUGCGGAGGAAGCCCCAUCCGACCCUGGAGCACAGGGAGGCCUCCGUUAUCCCUCCGCCCCCUCCUGCCACGUUCAUGCGGCCCCCGAGGGAGCCGGCGCAGCCCCCCAGGGAGGAGGUUCGGAAGUCCUUCGUUGAGAGUGUGGAUGAGAUCCCCUUCGCUGACGAUGUGGAGGACACGUACGACGACAAGACUGAGGACUCCAGUGCGCAGGAGAAGUUCUUCACGCCCCCCUCGUGCUGGUCCCGGUCAGAGAAGGUCCUGGCCAAGGAGAAUGGGCGCCUCCCUCCCCUGGGACGCGACGUGCAGCCACAGAAAAGGGGACUGCCCCUGGUCUCCGCAGAAGCCAAGGAGCUGGCCGAGGAGCGCAUGCGGGCCCGGGAGAAGUCCGUGAAGAGCCAGGCACUGCGAGAUGCCAUGGCCAAACAGCUGAGCAAGAUGCAGGCCAUGGAGAUGGCGGCCUCCAGGUCCCGCGCCAUGCCAUCCCAGGGCAAGGAACUCGGGCCGGAGUCCAGCAAGCGCCCGGCGCCCCGAGGCUCCCUGGAGACCACCCUGAAGCAUGAAGCUACCAGCGAAGAGAUCCUCUCCCCUCCCUCAGACUCAGGCGGCCCCGAUGGCUCCGUCACCUCCUCUGAGGGCUCCAGCGGGAAGAGCAAAAAGAGGUCGUCCCUCUUCUCCCCCCGCCGGAACAAGAAAGAGAAGAAAUCCAAAGGGGAAGGCCGGGCUCCCGAGAAACCCAGCCCAGGCCUCCCGGAGGACGUGGCAGCUAAGCCCAAGUCCCUGUGGAAAUCAGUCUUCUCUGGGUACAAGAAGGACAAAAAGAAAAAGAGUGACGAGAAGUCCUGCUCCAGCACCCCAUCCAGCGGCACCACGGUGGACUCCGGCCAGCGCAGGACGUCUCCGAUCGUGAAAACAGAGCUGCAGCUCCGGCGCCAGCUGAGCUUCUCAGAGGACUCAGACCUAUCCAGUGAUGACAUUCUUGAGAGGUCUUCCCAGAAGUCCAAGCGAGAGCCCAGAACCUACACAGAAGAGGAGCUGAGUGCCAAGCUGACGCGGCGGGUGCAGAGGGCAGCACGGAGACAGGCCAAGCAGGAGGAGCUGAAGCGGCUGCACCGAGCCCAGAUCAUCCAGCGGCAACUGGAGCAAGUGGAGGAGAAGCAGAGGCAGCUGGAGGAGAGGGGCGUCGCUGUGGAGAAGGCUCUGCGAGGAGAAGCAGACUAUUGGGGAGAGUCUUAUUACAGUGGCCUCAUCGAUUUGCACCUGGGUGGCAUGGGCAAAAAGGAUGACCCCAAGCUGAUGCAGGAGUGGUUCAAGUUGGUGCAGGAGAAGAACGCCAUGGUGCGCUACGAGUCGGAGCUGAUGAUCUUUGCCCGGGAGCUGGAGCUGGAAGACCGGCAGAGCCGGCUGCAGCAGGAGCUGAGGGAGCGCAUGGCUGUGGAAGAUCACCUGAAGACGGAGGGGGAGCUUUCGGAGGAAAAGAAGAUCCUGAACGAGAUGCUGGAGGUGGUGGAGCAGAGGGACUCCCUGGUGGCCCUGCUGGAGGAGCAGCGACUGCGGGAGAAAGAGGAGGACAAGGACCUGGAGGCCGCCAUGCUGUGCAAGGGCUUCAGCCUGGACUGGUCCUGAGCCCGGCCGCCGCUGUGUUGGGUAGAUUGGCACCCACCUGGCCCGGCUGCAUCCUCCCAAACCGGAGGGUAGUGCUCAGGCACCCGUGCUGUGGGGAAACCCCUCGUGAGGGUUAUCCUGUGAGGUGACUCCACCUCCUAGGAGAGGCCCCCCCCAGACCUCCCCCUCAGGAGGUGUGUGCUUGCUGCGUGCCCCAGGGGAGACUCCUUCAGGUCCCCGAGGGCUCGCUGCCUGGCACCUCUUUCUUCCUUCUGCUGGUAAGAGAGAGAAGUGGCUCCCCUUCCGAGCCGCUGCCGCCACCGAGCAUCUGCAGAGCAGAGCAGCCAUUGCCCUCAUGCUCCCUCAAGCACCACCAAAGAAAGGACGGCGGCAUCUACAGGAAAGGGCUGUGGAUGGAGGUCCAGCAGGAAGCCACACCCAGGAGGGUGACGCCCACCCUGCCACUGCAGGGGGAGUCGGACAGUAGGCCUGUUCUUUAUGCAAGUCCGGGGGGCUCAGGAGUGGUCUGCCCCAGCACACACUGGAUCCCCAGUGGCCAAGCGCCCCAGGCCGUCCACGUGGGCGGGGGCCUGAGGCCCAUGGAUUGCUGUGUUUUGCUUUGAGUUCACGACCGUUUGACACUGGAAAGUAUUGACUUUGGGAGAGCUGAGGGAGGCCCUAGUGUCAACCCCUCCCCCGCCCCACUGCUACCCCAUCCACUCCCACACCCCCUUUGACAGACAGGCGCCAUCCCUGGUCAGCACCCACAUCAGUCCAGGAGAUGGCCCUCUUGGACAUUUUCCUGUGUUUGCACAUUGAAACAAAACUGACAACCUGGCCAGACACUCAGCCACUUCGGACCCUUUUUGUCAAUUAACUUAUUUUUUUAAUACUUGAAAAUAAGCAACUUCAUUUUUAUACCUUUACUAGAGACACUGAUUGCCUGUCACCUGCGUGUCGGAGUGCCUGGGACGCCUUUGUUCAUCGCACGCCAGCUGAUGCAAAACUGACCUGAUUCUUGUUACAUACAUCUAUUUAUUAGCCUUCUUAAGAGUGUUACUGUCCUGGUCGGCCCCAGGGAGCAGCUCAAGGCCCCGUGGGUCCUUGCUCACAGCCUUUCUGUCCUCUUCUCCACCCAGCACCCUUGUUCCCGUUUCUGCUGCCACUGGACUCUUGCAGGAGAACUGCCUCUCUGUGAGGAGGCAUUUCAGCACUAGGAGGCCAGGCCUGGAGACAGAAAGGCUGCUCUGGUCUCUCCUGUUGGGAUCUUGGCUCUGUGGAACCCCCUUUGUCCGGUUUUCGUGGCAAGGUUUUACCUCCUGUACAUAGGUUUAAAUGUUGAGGCCAGCCCUUUUUCACACUUGCUGGGACCAAGUACAGUGUGACCUUGUCCUUAGGCUGGCUGACCAGAAUGCCCCAGUCCAGCUAGACAGGAAUGUGUGUUCUCCCCUCAACACACUGGCUGCUCCAAUUUUCCCUGCCUAUACUAGGAUUUUCUCGGCCUGGCAAGCACCAUGUAACCAGCUCCAUAAGCCAAGCUGUUCAUUUUUCAUGGUUCAGCCAGAGACCAAUGACGGGGGCCAGAGUGCUUCUCUUUCAGAACAGCAGCACAUGGACCUCUCCAUUGGUACCAUGCCAGCCUGGAAAGGGCAUGCCAGCUGGGCCUAGUAGGAGGGGCUGGUGCAGACAGCAUGCCAUCUCUGGCAGUCCUACGAGGGCCCACACUGGACCUGCCGUGGGAACCACACCGUGCCUCAACUUGAACGUCCAUCUAACUCCAGAGGAACGAACAAUUAUCUCACUCUUCACCAUGUGCAAAAGCUGCCAUCUCUCCUGUGGAAAUCCAGAUGUGCUGCUAGCAACCACCACAGCUCUGACGUCAUCACUUCCUGGUCUCUGACAUAGCAGUAUUGCUAUUUUUAUUCUGUCUGGAAGGGGGAGAGAGGAGGGCGUUCUGGAUUCCAUCUUCAACCACAAUCUGCCAAUCAAACUGGACUUCAGGCAGGACCGUCAUCGCCUGUGUGGCCUUCUCUUGAGCCCUGUCCUCCUCCCCAGUGCCACUGGCAGUCGCAAGCAGCCCAGCCCUGUCAUCCCUGCCAACCCGGAACAAGGAAACCAUUUCCAGAGUGACGCAAGGACGCAGAGGCUGCUGCGCCUCCAGUGGCCACACAGAGGAAGACUGUCCUGGUCAGCGGCGACCUGUCGAUCUUUCCAAAGCACACGCUGCUUCCUGCAGUCACUAGAAAGGGGGCAGAAGGCUUUGCAGGAGGGCCUCAGAAAUCCACCAGCCAGCUCUCCAACCAUGACAGCAUGAGGACUUCAGGUUCUCAUAAAGCACUUUUUUUUUUUUUUUUUUAGCCUCCCAGUUUGUAACCACUAGUUUGCAGUCGAUUUCAGUGGCCCAGGGCUGAGACGUGAAGUGGUCUCCGCCCCUGGAGAUGCGUGUGGCCCUAGUCAAGGGCUCUUCCCAGGAAUUAUGUCUUCACUUGAAGGUAGGGAAGAGAGGGAUGUGUGCACGUCAUGUGUGCCUAGGACGCUCGGGUGCGUUUUAGGAAGCCCAGACUCCAGGCUGAGACAGUACAAGAGGCUGCAGCCUCUGCCCCUGGAGGCAGGCAGAAGGCAGCCCCUUGCUCCCAAGCAAGAGCGUGGCCAACCCAGGUUCUAACCCUGCUCAGUUGGUAUCUUUGGACCUUUGCCCCCAACAGCCAUCCGUAAGAUAAAAGAUAAGACAUUUUUCACUGGCACAGGAGAGGAAAAGAUUAGGGGCAGAGGCAACAAAUAUCAGGGCCUGGAAUGUAGCUCACUGGUAGAAUGUGUGCUUAGCAUGCAUAAGGUCCCAUGGUUCAAUUCCCAGUACCACAUGAAAAAAACUUUUUUUGAAAGAUGGUAACAGGACCAGAGGGGAUGGUCUGUUUUAUGCGCAAUAAAGUUUUUUUUUUUUUAGAAAAAGGAAAUAACGUAUCUCUGAAGUCAUUUUUUUCUGUUGUUGACAUUGAGUUAAGACACAGUUCUGUAUCACCUGCCUUUCAGCUGUGUGAAAGCUACACAAAUCAUUU